CAAUGAAAUAUUUAGUUGUGGUAUCUUUGAUGUAUUUUUGUUUAUGAAAAAUAAAAUGAUAUGUACUUCACAUCCCCGUCUUCGCAUUUUAAGGUUUAAUCCAGUUAAGAAAUAAGCUGGGCUCUGUCUCUAGGCUAAACUGAGUCCCGUCUCAUGACGUCACAUGGUUUCGGCAUGGUACGCGUCGCAAGUUUAACAUUGAUACAUGAACAGGAGCCCAGAUCCGUCAUCAAAAUACAGAUGUAGUUGGUCAAUAUUCUGAUGCUGUCAAAAUGUUACAGGUAUGGCAUCUGUUGGGCCACUAGACAUUCAGCCCUGCAGUCUGAUUGAUCUUCCAGCCAUCAACUCUGUGUUCAUCUCUAUAAGGUGAGGGCUGAAGAUAUGCAGCAAACAUUUCAACCAUGAAUGUGCAGCUGGAUAAUUCAUGAGACAUCCCCCUUGUGUGAAGAAUGAAGCGGUGUCUACGUCUCAUACUAAUUGCCACAGUAAUACUUAGCGUGUUUAGGCUGUUGUAUAUACUAUUUGUCCUACCAGAGUAUGGAGAAACCAGACUCCACCCAGGUCAGCUCUGGUCAAAGCGCUACCUUCCGUCUCUAGGUCACCAAAUUAAUGUCAGUCCUCAGCAAAUUGACCUGAGAGUUAUUGUCCUGGCCUAUGAUCGUGCUGAGUCUUUGACUAGGUGCCUGGCAUCGUUAAAGGAGGCUGAGUACAAUGGUGACAGGGUUCACAUUGAUGUUUGGAUUGACUGCUCUAAGAGUGGACAGAUAGAUGGAGAUACAUAUACAGCAGCCAUGUUGUUCUCAUUUAAGUAUGGCACUGUUACUGUGCAUAACCACACAAGACAUGUCGGAAUAUACGGACAGUGGCUUGGUACUUGGAAAGUAACAGAGCAAACUAAAGAAAUUGCUCUUUUCCUUGAAGACGAUGUCACAGUGUCCAAAUACUUCUACAAAUGGCUAAAGGCAGUUCAUACAAAAUAUGAUUCGGUUGCCAAUAUUAAUGGCUAUUCCACUCAGGGGAUGAGCAUGAAGCACUCCGGUGAUCGUGGAUGGCUCCAAGCACCGAAAUCAGAAGUGGUCUUCAGCUAUCCAGUAUUAGGGACUUGGGGAUUUUCACCCAGCCUGAAGAAUUGGCUUGGAUUUUUGAACUGGUAUCGAGAGACAGCUUCUAAUCCUUCUUUUCAUCCAUUGGUUCCUGGUCUGAAACCAUCUAACUGGUACCGCAGUUUCAUGAAAUCAGGUAAAACAGACUCGAUGUGGUCAAUGUGGCACAUAUAUUAUGCAAACAAGAAUAAUGAACUCACAAUAUAUCCAAAUUUGCCUUUCAGACAAGGGUUAACAACAAAUGGGAAUGAAAAGGGGUUGCAUUAUUCUACCAAACAGAAAACACAAGCAGGCAGAGCCCUUGUUGAAUGGUUAGAUAAAUACAUAGCCCUUCCAUCUGUGCCAGUCCAACUUGACACUCAUGGUAGGGUGGUGAGGUCAUGAGAGUGCUGGUAUGCAGCUUUUCAAGUCUAUACAGAACUGAAACCUGGGAUAAACGACUUGUCAGCUCAAGACAAAACUGAUACCAGUGACAUGCAACCAGUAAUAACCAAACUGAUACAGCUGAACUCAUAACUGAUACCCUCGACAUGAAGCUUUUCAGCUCAUAACCGAACUGAUACCAAAGUCAUGCAGCUUGUCAGUAGCUAAAAACAAACUUGAUACCAGUGACAUGCGUAAGGGACCGUUCAUAAUUUACGGCUAGGGGGGAUGAUGAUGAUUUUUGAAUGU